UCUGUUUCCGAAGACAGAGACAGAAGCGUUUGGACAUGGAGGAGGGGAGGAGGAAGGACGUGAUACGGCUGGAGCGGGAGGCCGUCAUUCCCAUCCUCAAGCCCAGGCUCAUCAUGAAGCUCGCCUACCUCAUUGAGCUUGCUUCUGACCAAAGUGAAUUUCUGAAGCUCUGCAAGAGAGUUGAGUACACUAUUCGUGCUUGGUAUCUUCUACAAUUUGAGGAUCUGAUGCAACUGUAUUCUCUGUUCGAUCCUGUUCAUGGCGGUCAAAAAUUGGAGCAACAGCAAUUAUCUUCGAAAGAGAUAGAUGUUCUCGAACUUAAUUUUCUAAAAUACUUUUUCCAGAUAAUGGAAAAGAGCAACUUUGAACUAGUGACUGAUGAGGAGAUCAACAUUGCACAGUCUGGGCAAUAUCUCUUAAACCUUCCUGUCAAAGUGGAUGAGUCUAAGCUGGAUAAAAAGCUUUUCCCAAGGUAUUUUAGUGACCAUCGUCAAGAAAACCUCCCCAAAUUUUCUGAUAAGUACAUCAUUUUUCGUCGGGGCAUUGGAAUUGACCAUACAACUGAUUACUUUUUCAUGGAGAAACUUGAUAUGAUCAUAGCUCGUAUUUGGACGGGGUUUCUUAGAGUUACUAGGAUUCAGCGCCUCUUCUCCAAAAAGCCAAUUGUGAAGCCCAGGAAAGAUACAAGGGAACUUGAUGAAAUAAGUGCUCAGACAGAAGAUCAGGACUUAGUUGUUGAGCGUGUUCGGAUUGACAACAUGGAGCUGAGCAUGCAAAAUCUCUUUGGCCAGAUUACAAUCCAAGAACCAACUUUUGAUAGGAUGAUUGUUGUCUACAGGCGUGCUAGCACCAAAACCAAAGUAGAUCGAGGAAUCUAUGUGAAACAUUUUAAAAAUAUCCCAUUAGCAGAUAUGGAGAUAGUUCUGCCUGAGAAGAUGAACCCAAGUUUAACGCCGAUGGACUGGGUGAAAUUCCUUGUUUCUGCUGCACUUGGUCUUGCUACUCUUGUUGGUUCUCUUGAAAUGCCUAAAGCUGAUAUCUGGGUUGUUAUAGCUAUCCUCUCUGCUCUUAUUGGAUAUUGUUCUAAAGUCUACUUCACGUUUCAGCAGAACAUAAGAACUUACCAAAAUCUAAUCAUGCAAUCAGUAUAUGACAAACAACUAGAUAGUGGGAGAGGCACACUUCUGCACCUGUGUGAUGAUGUGAUUCAACAGGAAGUUAAAGAAGUGAUAAUUUCUUAUUUUAUUUUGAUGGAACAGGGGAAGGCAACAAUACAGGAACUUGACCAGCGGUGCGAACAGCUCAUUAAAGAAGAAUUUCGUGUGGAGUGCAAUUUUGAAGUUGAGGAUGCUGUGCAAAAAUUAGAGAAGCUUGGCAUUGUUGCUAGAGACACCAUUGGGAGGAUCUUCUGUGUUAAUUUGAAGCGUGCAAAUGAAAUCAUUGGCACAACGACUGAAGAAGUGGUGAUGAGAGCCCAACAAGGCCCUGCUACCUAAUUUUCCAAGGUAAAAUACAUUCCUAACACAUUUUUUCUCACCAUUUUAAGCAAAUUAUAAACAUAUGCAUCGAGAAAGAUGUGGGAUUUUGGUUAUCAGCUGAUUGUAGUGUGGAAAGUCUCUGGUGGAGAUGGCUUCUUCAUCUUGUUCGGUCCAAUCAUGUAAUCUAAACCAACCAUGAACCUUUACCAUUGAUUUUUUUGUAUAAUUAUGUUACCGUCUUCACAUCUUCAUGCUCGGUGACUGCUUAUGGAAUGUAAGUGGGUAUUCAGAAAUUCUAUGUUUUCUUUGGCCAGAA